AUGAAGCAAAUUAAGCAGAAAUUCAAUAGGCUUCGAAGUAAGCAUCGUGAGUUUAGUGAGCUGUUGCAACAUACUGGAUUUGGUUGGGAUGCUGAAACUAAUACUGUGAAUGCUACAGAUGAAAUGUGGCAAAACUAUAUAUGGGUGCAUCCUAAAGCAACUCAAUUUCAAAAGAAAGGAUGUGAGCAUUACAAGCUAUUAAGAAUUAUAUUUAACAAGUCAACUGCUACUGGAGUGUUUCGUCAUGCAUCUACUAGUGAUCCACCCAAUACUGAUGAUGAGAUGGAAUUGGAGGCUGAGAGUGCACAUGUUAACAUUAGACGUGAUGAUCCCUUUUCUACUCUCGAUAAAUUAACAAGCAAUUUAAGGAAAUGCACUGCAUCAUCUAGCUCAGAACGUAGAAGUAAAAAGGAAACUAGGUCAUAA